AUGAUAAAACCACAAUUUCAUCAAUUUGUGUCUAGCAAACCGGUACAGGCAAGAACGAGCCUUAAAAGUGAAGAGCCCUCAGUAUACUCGGUUAGUAAUAACAUCUAGAGAUAAAGGAAAUACUUAACAAUUGCAGAUUGUUUAUAAAUCAAUCAACAAGUUUUUGUCACAUUCUUCUGAAAAUCCACAGCGUUUGUGUAUUUCAAUUGGACAAGAAUCUACAAAUAGAGACGUAUUUUCGAUAACUUUUGAUGAGCUAACAAAGGAAAAUGCACUAACUUUGGUAAACUAAAUAAUAUUCCCUAGAUGAGAAAAAUUCGGAAUUUCAGGCCGAUUCCAGACACUUUGCAGCAGCUUUCGAUGCUGCAGAUAACCGAAAAGCCGUCAAAAAAUCAUGUGCACAAGCAAGAAACUUCUACAAAGAGGUAAAAACGGAAAAUUGGAAAAAUUUUAGGCCCAAAACGCGCGAAAAAAGAAAAUAAAUCCUGCAAAUGUGCAAACACUUUUCAGUGUCGUCAAUUUAAAUGUAUGCACACAUGUCAAACUACAGUACCUGGCUAUCGAAAAUAAUUCGCUUUUUUCAGCACAUCGUCACCAAAAACCCAUUUCCACCCCGUCAGAAGAUCCCAAUAACAUCACGCGAAGUUGGAAAACUUGGAAAACAAUGGAGAGAUGUGGAACAUGCAAAGAAAUCGAAUUCUGGUGAGAUUUAUUGGAUUUUUUCACAAAAAAAAAGAUUUUUCAUAGAAAUCUCACUGAAAUCUGUUUGCUCAACACUAUCUUUGACAAGCCUUCCAACUACAACAUCAAGCAGAACUUCAGUUCUCAAAUCAAGCAACAAAGUUCCAACAAAACGCUCGAAACGAGUCACCAAAAAGGAACGUCCAAAAGUUCCUGAUUCAAUGUAUCUUCACUUGAAUUCGAAUCCAACGAAGAUUGAGAAAAAGAAGAAUUCUAUAAGUAAAGAAGAAGAAAGGCGUUUGCAGAAUAUUUUUAGCAAUCAUACUUGA